AAAACUAAUUACUAUAUCUAUCUACACCUCCCGCAGCAUGUCCCUCCGAGCGCUACCCCUUCAGUUCCUCAACCUCGGGGGCGAGAUGAUGUAUGUGAUCGACCAGAGGCUGCGGGCACAGGCCAUCCCCGAGAACCAGGCGACCAAAGUGCGUAACGACAUCAUCAGCAUUAUGCUGAACCGGCGCUUCGUGGAGGAAGUGUUCUCGCCGCAGGAACUGUACAGCAGCCCGGCCCUCAGGACAGUUUUCGACAAGCUGGCCCACGCCUCCAUCAUGAGGCUCAACCCGUCCAGCAUGGACAAGCUGUUCGACCUGAUGGUGAUGGCGGUGAAGCAGCAGAUGCUGUCAUGCAGGAGUCCCCGCGAGGUGCUGCUGGUCACCCUCAACCACCUGGACGCCCUCAGGGGCUACGCCACCUACCCCCAGGCAGCGGCACAGGUGGAGGCGUCCCUUAACCUCUUCAGGCAGACCUACGUAGGCCUACCAGAGGGCCAAGUGUGGGCUGCCCGCCUCGCCAUUCUCGGGUUCGUGCAGGACAUGAAGAUACGUGUGUCUGUCUUCCUCAAGCAGAGCCUUCAGACGCCCACCGGCACCCUGGCCCUCCCACCCCCCGGCCCAGUGCCCCAGGGCAGCGAGGUCCCUGGGGUGGUGCGGGUAAUGGCGGAUCAGGUGGAUGAUGUGGAGGUGGUUAUAUAUAGGUUCCCCGCUGGUGGUGACUACUUGCCCCCAACCAUCCCUGGCUCCCUUGACCUGCAGGGUUACCGAGGCACUACCCUGGGCACCAACAUGUAUACAGUGUCCUACGAGGAUGGCAGUGUAGCCGCCUCCACCACCCAGUCUUUCGCUCACCACCCUUCACAGUCCAACAGUGACGCUGAGGUGAGGGGAACAUCUAAAGGCAGCGGGAUGGAUGAGCUCAACCUUCUAGUACAGCUGAUUGGCAGGGCCCCGACCAACAAGAAGGAGUUUCGCCUCAACUUGUUCCCGUCAGAGGAGGACGAGGAAGGGGGGGAGUGUGCGGCCGCGUGGGAAGGCUCCGGUUACUCCACGAUUACUAUCGAGGGCCGAAGACGUGGCCCCCGAACAGAGCUGGGGCAGAUCUUGAGUGAGCUGAGUGACCUGAGUGACCUCCAUAAUGAAUCCCAGGAGGACAAAGGGCAGGACCUACUCGACCUCAUGGACAGCCUGUGAGGUGGUCUGCUCGGCAUUCUUCACUAGUGUUGGUUACGACGUUCUUCAAUCGCCAUGUCCGGGUUUACAAAAGGAAUAAAAUCGGUUUCAUGAGUCGUCUCUCCAUUAGAAUUUUUCCGUGUCCAUUUCAUGUCUGCAAUUUUCUAGAAAAUUGUUUUCUUUACUUUUAGUUUGUUUCUUUCCAUGACCCAACAAACUGAUUUACUCUCCGCUUCAUACAGUAUACCCCGCAUAAGUCACAGCAAUUGGGGGGAAGGCCAAUCCGAGUUACCCGAGGGAUUUUUUUCACAUUUUGCACGCCUGUCACCACUAACAGUUGAAAUGGUCUGUGUAAUGCAUUACGUAAAUAUGUACUACAUACAUGGUGCGCGCACACACAUACACACGCGGCGUACACACACACACGUACCGCACCAUGAGCUCGGCACGGCUCACACCUCUCUCAUGGUCCUGUAUAACAGCCAUUUUUUUCUGCCACCGACAGCAUCAUCAGCUUCCUAACUGACGUGGAAGACACAGCCUUGCCCUUAGAAGCCAUGGUAGAAUUACAAAGGCAACAAUAAGUGCUACAGAGCGAGCGAAAGCUGAGGGAGACACUGCCACACACUUACUAUGUCAGCUGUGUAAACACUGAUCUUGGCGCCGGCACUGACGGCUCGGCGCCCGUUUCGCGUCUCCAACGGCUCGGACAACUCCUCAAAUGACUCGGACGAUGUAAGGCUGUCAGCGAUGCAUUUGCGAGAGGGAAUCGGGCCACCCCGGGGGCCCAGACCAACUGGACCCCUCUAUCAAACGCUUUUGUGCGCCUCUCAGUUAAGCCUCAUCCUUGCUAUGGUAAUGGCGUCUCAAUGGCAGGAAAAUGGCAUCCGCUGCUCUCUCUCUCUCUCUCUCUCUAGCUGAUCUGCCAGCAAAAUGGCGUCCGUUCUGGCCGACGAGCUCCUUGCAACAGAGGAUGAAAAGGAAGCUGCAGUGGUUAUGGUGGCACAGAGAGGUGAAAUGCAAUGGAAGCACUUAUAUGUGUUUGUUCGGGCCGCCAUAUUUGCUGAUGACGUCAUCACAGCACGGAGGCGCCCCACCUCUCCAAACCAGGCUGCAGCGGGCGGUCCGAGUUGGGAAUCCGGGCUGUGGCGUCACGCGUUUGAGAGCACCCGGAGCGGUCCAUGCGGCCCGAGUUGCUCUCUCAAACGCAACCCAGGGGUAUUUUAGCCAGUAUAUAAGCCAAGUGGCUUAAAAUUACUCAAUCAAUGGCCAAAAAUGCCAACCAGUGCACUCGGGAUAGAACGGAAAAAAAAAAGAAAAAAAAAAAAAAGGAUCCUGCAAGUGUCCGACUUAUCCGAUAUCCGGCUUAUUCGGGUCCGACUUAAGCGGGGUUUACUGUAGUACCUCUUCCAAUAUAGCCUAAUGCGGUUUCAUAAAUUAUAGGCGUUAAAAUCUCCCAUGACUAUUGAGAACGAUCGAGGUUUGCUGCACCUUCAUUGCUACUUCACGUCCUCAUAAAACUGUUCUGCUUUAUUGUAAGCUGACGGAGGUGCACAUCACGGAAGCAGAUUCAAGUAAACAAUGACACGUUUUAUAUUAAAACUUUGUACCGCUUCAGUAGUUUUCAUUUAACGGGACCUUCUGAGGUGAAAAAAAUAUUGAAAAAAUGUUUUUAGUAUAAAUUAUUCAAAGCCUAUUAUAAGUGUACUUUCAAGUGGUGUAUUUAUUUUCCUGCAAUUCGCAUUUUUAAAUGUCCCUUGCGUCCCUGGCAUUUAACCUGGUAGCAGCAACGGACUAAAUUUGUAGCUUUACCGUGUAGCAGCGAUGGGCCAAAUUUGUGGCUUUACUGUGUAGCAGCAACGGGGCAAAUUUGUGGCUUUACCGUGUAGCAGCAACGGGCCAAAUUUGUGGCUUUACUGUGUAGCAGCGACGGGCCAAAUUUGUGCCAUGAUAUAAACCCCAAAAAUAGAAGAUACAUAAUCUGAUCACAAAUGCUUUGACAUAUAUUAUGAAAUGGUUUGUGUGAGGGGUGAUUCUUUCUCAAUUUUCUCGCUAAGAGGGACCAUUAAGAAACAUAAUCCCCGCUGCUACCACCAACACCGGGUUAAUUAAAAGCCUGCCUCAUCACGCCGCCACGCCUCCUGACAGUUGUACUCUGUAAUUUGCUCAAACAAUAAUGAU